UUUGGGGGUUUCCCAAAAACCUGGCAACCCACUAGCAGCCAGACAGCAGAGUUGACAGGCUCGGGCUUCGGUCACAACGUCACUGGCCGCCCGUGUUCACGUUAUUCAGUGCGGGGAAGAGCGUCGUUUCGACAACCCGAACCCUUCAUUUUAUCGUGCCAGCAAGUGACAGUCUGUUCACAGGACCUGAGCGCAAAGCAGCUCCAUGUGCAACCCACGACUUUCAGUAUGUUUCUAUAUUGAAGAAGCUCCCUGAGGCUUCAGUGUCCGAUCCUGAACUGACCACAGGAGAAGAGAUGGGGAACACAGCGACCAAAUUCCGUAAGGCUCUCAUCAAUGGGGAUGAGCUACUGGCCGUCCAUUUGUACGAGAGCAACCUUCAGUUCAAAGAAGCUCUGGAUCCCAACUCUACAUAUGGAGAGUCCUACCAGCACAACACUCCACUGCACUAUGCUGCCCGACAUGCCAUGAUACGACUACUCAGGUCUUUCCUCCUUAGCAAAGAUGGAAAUCCUAACAAACGCAAUGUGCAAAAUGAGACCUCUUUGCACCUUCUCUGCAUGGGGCCCCAGAUCCUGACCUCAGAAGGGGCUCUGCUACCUCGGAUCUCACGACCAUAUGAAGAUGAACAACGUCGUGCAGAGUGUCUACAAAUUGUUUUAGCAUGGACCGGGGCAAAGUUGGACCAUGGAGAGUAUGAAAAGGCUGAUGUCAAUGCCACAGACAAUAAGAAAAAUACCUGUCUGCACUAUGCAGCUGCCUCAGGAAUGAAGAUCUGUGUGGAGUUUCUAGUGCAGAGAGAGGCAGAUCUUUUUGCGGAGAAUGAAAACCGCGAGACUCCAUGUGACUGUGCUGAGAAACAGCACCACAAGGAGUUGGCCUUGUGCCUGGAGUCACAGAUGGUCUUCUCACUUGCCCCUGAUGCAGAGGGUAUUGAGGCAGAGUAUGCAGCUCUCGACCGAAGAGAGCUGUAUGAGGGCCUGCGUCCUCAAGAUCUACGGAGGCUGAAAGACAUGCUGAUAGUGGAGACAGCUGACAUGCUACAAGCGCCACUCUUCACUGCCGAGGCACUACUACGUGCCCAUGACUGGGACAGAGAAAAACUCUUGGAGGCAUGGAUGACCAAUGCCGAGGAGUGCUGCCAUCGCUCAGGGGUACAGAUGCCCAACCCACCUCCAAGUGGCUGCAAUGCUUGGGACACCUUGCCCUCACCCCGAACACCACGAACCACACGCUCUUCUAUCACCUCACCAGACCACAUAAGCCUCAUUACUGCUGAUGAAGAUUCUGCCCAUUGUGGUAUAUGCAUGUCUUCAAUCUCAGUCUUUGAGGAACCUGUUGACAUGGCAUGUGGCCAUGAAUUCUGCAGAGCAUGUUGGGAAGGGUUUCUCAAUUUAAAAAUCCAGGAGGGUGAGGCCCACAACAUCCUCUGUCCAGCCUUUGACUGCUACCAGCUUGUUCCUGUGGAAGUCAUCGAGAGUGUUGUGUCCAAAGAGAUGGACAAACGUUACCUUCAGUUUGACAUCAAGGCAUUUGUGGAGAACAAUUCAGCAAUACGCUGGUGUCCAGAGGCUGGCUGUGAAAGGGCAGUGCGGCUGAAGACAAAUGGCCCGGGGACAUCCUCCUCAGACCCUAUGAGCUUUCCAUUGCUUCGGGCACCUGCUGUAGACUGUGGCAAAGGCCACCUAUUCUGCUGGGAGUGUCAAGGUGAAGCCCAUGAACCCUGUGACUGUGACAUCUGGAAAAUGUGGCUUCAGAAAGUCAAUGAAAUGAAACCUGAGGAAUUGGCUGGUGUGAGUGAAGCUUAUGAGGAUGCAGCCAACUGUUUAUGGAUGCUUACAAACUCGAAACCAUGUGCCAAUUGCAAAUCCCCAAUCCAGAAAAAUGAGGGGUGUAACCACAUGCAGUGUGCAAAGUGUAAAUAUGACUUCUGCUGGAUCUGUCUGGAGGAGUGGAAAAAGCACAGCUCAUCCACUGGCGGCUACUAUCGCUGCACCCGAUAUGAAGUUAUUCAACAGGUGGAAGAGCAGUCAAAGGAGAUGACUGAAGAAGCAGAGAAGAAGCAUAAGAGCUUUCAGGAACUGGACCGUUUUAUGCACUACUACACACGCUUCAAGAAUCAUGAACACAGCUUUCAGCUGGAGCAACGCCUCAUAAAAACAGCCAAGGAGAAAAUGGAGCAACUCAGUCGGGCUCUGAGGGGAAGGGAAGGAGGACCACCUGACACUACAUUUAUUGAAGAUGCUGUCCUAGAACUGCUAAAGACUCGCCGAAUUCUCAAGUGUUCUUACCCAUAUGGCUUCUUCUUAGAGCCCAAAAGCACAAAGAAGGAGAUCUAUGAGCUAAUGCAGACGGAUUUGGAGAUGGUAACUGAAGACCUCGCACAAAAGGUUAACCGGCCUUACCUUCGGACUCCACGUCACAAGAUCAUACGUGCAGCAUGUUUGGUACAGCAGAAAAGACAGGAGUUCCUGGCCUCAGUAGCAAGAGGGGUGGCCCCUAAUGAUUCCCCUGAGGCCCCAAGACGCAGUUUUGCUGGCGGAACGUGGGACUGGGAAUAUUUGGGCUUUGCAUCACCUGAGGAGUAUGCAGAUUUCCAGUACAGACGAAGACAUAGACAGCGGAGGCGAGGUGACAUGGCCAGUCUCCGUAGCAACACGCCUGACCCUGAUGAUCCCAGCGAUAGCACUUUAGACAACCAGGACGUUGGAGAUGGAAUUAGACAUGGUCGAUUGAUGGGUUUUGGUUCUAUGGAUGAUGAUGACCCUAACAUUCUACUGGCCAUUCAGCUGUCACUCCAGGAAUCAAGAAUGACAGAAGGACAGUCUAAUCAGGAAGUUCUUGCUAAUGAAGCUUCACUUGGAGCUAUCGGCACGUCUUUGCCUUCUAGGCUUGAACAGAGUACGUCAGGUAUAGAGGUUCUCCCCAGAGUGUCCUUAAGCAGCUCAGAAUUGCUUGAGCUGGGUGACAGCUUGGCUCGACACAUUAACAUCACCAGCCAUUACCCUACAGCCACCGGGAAUCCCAUCUCUUUUCAGCUCAGUGACAGCCAAAACCGAGCCAAUGGCUCCUCUGUGCCAAUACCAGUAGCUCCAGGCAGCAGUUUCUCAUCAACAGGUGUCUUCUCGUCCUCCGAUGACCCAACAGACUCAAACACUUUCAGCAGCCAUGACCCAUCUGCUUCCUCCGCAUUAGCAGCAAAUGCUAAUCUGCUCGGCAACAUAAUGGCUUGGUUCCAUGACAUGAACCCUCAAAGUAUUGCCUUGGUCCCCUCAAGCGCUUCUGCUACAGACACAAAUGUGGACCUACUCCAUGCAGGUGUUGAAGAGUGCCUGCAGGAUGAAGAGAAAAGUGGGGUCGUCAUCCUCUGUGAGAAUAGAAAAUCCCAUGAAGAAGUGGCGGAAGUUGGUAGUGUUUGUGACAUGGAGAGAAAAGAGUGCCCUGUCGUGGAGAGGCCAACACAACUCCAUCUUGUGGGGCUGGAGCCCAUGCCAUUGCCUUUAUUGCCCACUCGUGACAUGACUGGGGUCCAUGAGGAAAGGGUAGACACCAAGGUCUGUCGUGUUGACACACCUCAAUGUCCACCUGACCAAUUGCCCAGCAGCAGCUCUUCAGAGUGGGAGGAACAGGUGCACUUGGUAUGAUCUAAUUGCCUUUUUGCAAUCCAUAAUAUUUUUGGGCAGGUCAAAUUAGUCAGUCUGGUCAUAGUUGCUAUAGUCAGUUGGAAUGUAUAAGAAUUAACUUUUCAUUUUGUAUAUGUUUGGAAAGUAUACAGAGUAUUUCAACUUGAGCUGGCGGGCAGAAUAGAAAAAAUGCCAGAACAUUGUUUAGUCUACUGCGAUGCCCCUUAUGAGAAAAAUGGUAAAGUAGCACCAGAGAAUAUAUUUUCCCUAAAUGGAUUAUGCGCUGAUGGAGCUGUCAAUUUGUUGUUUUUCCUGCAAUCAGAGGCAAAUUGAAAUUGACCUCCUCCUGAAUAAAUAUUCACUGUGUUCACUCUAGAAUUGAACGUAUUAUGGACAGGUUUGAAGGAGACUGUACAAUUUGGCUAGACUACAUUGGAUCAGCUACAUAGUCAAUUAUUUUCAACCAUUUCCAACAGUUAUUGAUUCUGAAUGAGUGCUGAUCCAAACUGACAAAGGCCAUCUGUUUUAAGCAGCACUCUACCAGCUCUUUUUCCUUGUUGCUGAUUAGCUGCAGCAUUGCAGGGAUAACAAAAUGUCAUCUGCAGGCAGUGUAGUAGUAUUUGGUUGGAGUUUUAACGUCUACGUUACAGAGAAAUAACGAAUUCCUGUCCACAGCCACCUGCUUUAUAGUGACUAAACUGAUUAUUAAAAGCACAGUUUUACAUUCACCAAGUGGAUUCUUGAAUUAAAGCAAGUUGUGCCUGUCUAAUGCAAUCCCAGCAGCUAGAUUUCACAUUAAAGUGAUGUUGUUUGACACACUGUAGAUAGCAGUUUUAAGUAAAACCUUUUCGGCGAGUUCUUGAGAUGAGAAAAUAGAAUCAGAAAGUAUUGGUCGGAUGUUUUAGUGUGAGACUUUGCAUGAAACCUUUUUUUUUUUUUUUUAAUUAUAAAUAAUGAUAAGAUUUUAAAAUAUAAAUCAGGCGAAAAACUCAAUGUUUUCUGUUAAAAUUCUUUAAUUUAGUAGCUAACAGUACGUCAGAAUAUCAGUCCUUUAAUGAGGUAUUUUAAAUAGCAAUUACAGACUAAAGACUAAUCAGCCAGUGGUCUUCUUCGAACAACAAGCAAAGGAUAUGAGUAGAAAGUCUCAUUUGAAAUUUUCUAAAUGAGACUUAAUUAGGCCCAUGUAAAUUAUCUCUGAUGACAAAUUUACACAUAAUAAAAGCAUCUACAUCGCUGUGCAGAUGUCCAGGGUAAUGCAUUUUGAAGCAAAUCAUAAAUGUGUGUUGUGACAUCUCAAACAAUAGGAACUCCAAGAUUUAGAAUCGGUCGUCUACACAGGAAAAAAUAUAAAUAGUGCCUUUAUUUCAGUCACAAUAACUGAAUUUCUUUGUUUUUCAUUUUGCACAGUAUUCACAGUGUACACAUACUGUGUUACUUAGAUGUUAUUUCUUUCGCAACAUAUUUCAAAUGCACAAUAUAAGUAUAUAUAUAUAUUUUUUGCAACCUUAGAAUUUAGUUUUCAUGAAUUCAUACUGUAACAUUUGCAUGCCCAGACAUUCAUCCUUUUUCUUAUGGUUUAAGAAUAAUGCCACUAUUGACUUGUAAUUGAGCUCUUGCAGACACUAAUACAGAGGAAAGUUGCAAUACAAAAUUGACAUUUAUUUUAAGAAAAAAAAAAAAAACAUAUCCAGUGAAGAAAAUAUGUGUUUUAACCAUUGCAAAGUGAAACACAUGAUCAGUUUUUUAAUGUUUUGGAACUUUUUGACAGCUUUAUGCCUAACUGAUCUGAAGUAAAUUAGCUUCUGUUUUCUAGUAACGCAGUAUAAACAUAUAAAGAUUGCUUUGGCAGGUUUCUUGAAGUUGUUGAACUGUGAGUGCCAUUUGGUCUGUGGAGCAAAGUUUCUUCAGACUUGGUUAAUUUGUGGUAGUUAAACACAGGAUAUGAGAUAGUAUACUCUGUCGUGUAACAGUAUGCUGUGCAUUACACCUCUAAGUGUCCAGGUGAUUUAUUUUAAAAUACAAUUUUGUUACUCAUUUUCUAUUGUAAAGCAACUAAUCCUUGAAAUGCUAUUUGCACUUUCAUAGUCUAUACUUGAUACAUUCCCUCUUUAUAUGAAUUGUUUGGAUUGUUAUGCCAAUAAACUAUGUGUUGAAUUUUUUUGCGUGAUAUUUUUU